UCGUGUUUUUUUACGACUUCGUUCGUUGUGUACGUUUUCAGACGAUUCAAUUGAUGUAGCGUAUUCAACGAUAUGGAGUGAGAAUAUGAAAAAAGUCGUGCAAUUUUUGUAUUUUUGGUGAUAUAUGUGACGUGUUCUAAUUUAUUUUUAAAUGCGCAGUAUGGCGUGGGAAUAUUUUGCACGUAAGUGCUCAUGUACGUGAGCUGAACUUCGCGGUGAAUACCCGAGACUAAAGUUGCAUGCAAUUUGUUAAGGGGAAUAACCAUGUUCGGAAAGCAAUCAAAAUAUGAAAUGGCCAUAAAAAUACGUGGAUCAUCAUUAUUAUUAUUGCUGUUAUUAUGGUGGUGAUGUUGGGAUCGUCUUUCAAGGAGACAUGCAGCAUUCAGCAAUUGCUGCCAAAGAAGAAAGUAUGACUACUCUUCAUAGAGGACAGGUACUCCGACAAUAUUGUAACAAACGAACACGAACAAAGGAAACUGAAAUAUGCACUUCUCCGAAAGGCAUGGACAAGGAGAAGGAUCUGUCCUCAGUAUUCACAUCACCUGUUCAAGUCAAAGAUUCUCAUCCAACGGUAACAUCUGAACUGAAGCCCUUAUCAGAUUCCAAGCUAUCAACAUCCCAGCCACAAGUGAUUGUACGUAAGUUCACUCUCCCACCUUCCAGCAGUUCAUAUUCUCUGCCCAUCAAACCAAAGAAGAACACUGAUUUUGGGAAGCCUAAACAGCGCUGGAAACAGUUAUGUAACUUGCAGCAUGAAAUGACUACAACACUUGGAAUAUCAAGAGUACAAAUGCUGAGCCCUUCUGCACCCCUGACCCAAGAAUAUUGUCCUGGUACACUUCAGAGUUAUGCUGCUGGUACUCUGGAUAUUAUGGAUAGCACUCUACAGAAACUGCUAACUAGUAAGGAGGUUGAUGUGGAUUCUUCCAUCCAAAGCAAAGAGGAGAAUUGUGUUCCCUGUGUAUCUUCCCCUGUUGCAUCAUCAGAUGACACAGUAGAUUCAGCAGCUGAUUAUGUUGAUGUAAAUGAAAUACUAGACACAGCAGAAGAAGUACCAGAAAUAGCUGCUGUGGCAGAAGUUUCAAGUACAGGAGGAACUGUAAGUUUUGGACCAUUUGAUACAACAUACAGUAACAUUGGGAUUGUUGGAGGGAAGUUGGCGAUAUUCCAGCCACUUCCUGGAACCAAACACAUCUUCCAGGAAGAAGGUGGCAAUCCUAAAGUGAAUACGAUAGUUUUGAAGAGUCCUCAGGGUGCAGCUGUAGAAGCUCUGAGAGGAAAAAAAGUCAUAAAGCCAUUUAUGAGCCAGAUGGAAGAAGCGAGAAGCUUAUUAAGAAUGAAGCUUAUGCAGGGAAAUGUAAAAACUUGCUCUGAAUUUGCCACUAAGGAGCAUGGUGUUGGGCAUAAACACUUGAAACAUCCCUUUGAACCUGUCAUGAAAGAGCAAAAUGUUGUGUCAGGAAAUAGGAAACAUAACUCUCCUUCUGUCAUCAAGGAGCAAAAUGUUAUAUGGGCAAAUCAGAAACAUAAGCCUGAACCCAGUACAAAGCAGCAAAGUGUCAUUCAGGGAGAUGUGAAACAUGCCUCUGAACUUUAUAAAAAUGAGCGAAACAUAAAGUGUGGAAACUUGAAGAACGACACUCAACCUGGAAGUAAAAAUGAGCAAAAUGUAAAGCAUGGAAACUCAAGGAAUGACACUGAUCCUGCAAGUACAGAGCAGAAUAUUACUGAUGAAAACUUGAAGCAUGAUGACGAACCAAGCAGUAAGGAUCAGAAUGUUUCACAUCGAAAUUUGAAGAAUGUAUCAGAACCCACCAGUAAAGAGCAAAACGUUGCAGUUCAUUCAGUACCUCAGGAGGCACAGUGCUUGAAAGUGGCACAUGACUGCUUGCAAGAUGUUCUUACUAAAUCACCACAGACAGCAGCUCUUGUUGCUGCAAGGCAGUCCUCUGUACAGAGCAAGAACAGUCAGUCCAUUAAACCUUCUCAUAACCCAACAGAAGAUGCAAGUGCAGAGUGGAAACAGAUGGAGCAACUGUAUCUUGAGAUUAUGAAGAUGAAGAGAAGAUGGAACAUUGCAAUGAAGGUAGAACGUGAUGUGCUACGUGCUAAGGACAUUAAAUUGGUUCAAGAAGUACUGCUUCCUGCACGCAAGGUGCUCUUGUCUGAGGUGGGUACACAAACCAACCUGUUUUCCCUGGUUGAGUCUGGACGUAUGGUUGAGAUGAAGAUUAGCACUGACAAGAAUGAGGAUCUAGGAGAAAUGGUUAGUUCAGGAACAAAAUGUGUGGCAGAAGAAAACAUUGCUGUAAUGCAGAAGCCAUGUGGAUAUGUAUUGAAUUCAGGCACCCCUCCUGCAAUCAUAGUAUCAGGCUGUGGUAAGAAACUUAUGGCAAGGACAGGCGGAAUUGAUGAGAAGGUGUUUGAGAAGAAUGUUUCACUCAGUGGUGGUAUGACAACUGCCUCAGAUGAGCCAGAUAAAAAGAAAGUUAGGUUGGAUGUGACACUGAAGUCCCAGAAUGAUCCAGGUGGUUCUGUAACUUCUGACAUGCAGGCUACACAGUCUUCUUCCGGUACAGUAUCUUUUGACUCUGGUAAUAAUGCAACAAAUAUGGAAAUUCAGGAUCCUUCACAGCGCAGUAAAAGUGAUGUUAUUCUUUUAAAUUCAUCUAUCAGAACUUCAGAAGCAGAAAUAUUACAUAAUUUGAAUGUGCUUAGAAACACAAAUAUUGCUGUAAGUGGACUCCCAGGAGUAACAAAUAAUCCGGCUUCAAGUAAACCAGUAAAAUGUGGAACAAAUAUCAGCAGUGAAAAGAACAGAAAAUCAAUAUAUGACAUUAUUGUUGAACAUAAUAUAGCUGCACAGGUGAGAAAGUCGCCCCCAAAGCAAAAGACAAUGAUGGAAGGAAUUGGUGGUAAUGAGAAUAAAAGUGCCGCUAUGGUAUACUUCCCUGACUCAGAUUUAUUAAACAAACCCAGAAAUACAAAGAGCAGUGAAGUAGCAGCAAAGAUAAGUGAUGCACUUGUGCGUCAAGCUUUUGAAGACUGGGCACGAUGUGGCAUUCCAGAUGAGAGUGGAAACAUCCCUCUGCAUAGAGCUGUGAUAAACGAGAAUAUAACUCUUGUAAAACGACAGUGUGUGGUACUCUGUGCUCGCAAGUCAAAACUGGAUGUAUACAACCUUGAUAAGGAGACCCCACUCCAUCUUGCUGUCCUGAAUGGUAAUGCGGAGAUUGUCCGGAUGUUGAUAUCUUUUGGUGCGCAGUCAUCUGUAAAGGACCGUAAUGGCAACACAGCACUACAUUUAGCAGUGUUGCAUGGGAAUUUAGACUGUGUAAAAGCAAUUCUAAAUACCAACAGUACAAAGUCUUUGCCCCUUGAUGACAUCAAUGAUGAAGGAUAUAGUCCAGUGCACUUAUGUGCUUUGAAUGGCAAGGUGGAGGAAAUGAAGUGUCUUAUCAUAAAAGGAGCACAAGUGAACUUGAAGGAUGCCAAGAGUGGGCGAACUCCUUUGUUCCAUGCAGUGGAAGCUAACAACUGUGACUUGGUGCAGUUCUUACUGGCAAAUGAUGCAAACCCAAAUGCAGCUAAUUUUUCUGGCCACACACCAUUAUCUGCAGCAGGUGAAAUCUCUUUCACCUCUGGGAACACAACAGGGGAGUAUUCAAUUUCAGAUGGAAUUAACUUCAGUUCAAAAUUGGUCCCUCUUAGCCGUGGAUCAAGUGUGACCCAGACGUUGGAUGAGGGAAGCAGCAUAGUGUUCGGGGGAGAGUUGUUGGAGGAUGUAUGUGUGGAUGAGGUACAUGAAAAUGACUGUAGUAGUGCUACUAUGAAUGGCAGUAGUAACAGCAGCAGCAACAUCCCAUGGUUCCUGAAUGAGUAACACUGCACUAAGACUGUCUUGAAACUCAAAGGAGCUCAUUUGUAAUGUUCCUGCUUUAUUUAUACAUAAUGCAAUCAGAACCCACAUAGGUUAAUUAUAUAUGCCUGCAGGUCUGUCAGUGUUGAAAUUACAGAAGUAUGGAUGUAUGUAUUUCAUUGUGAGUACACUGUGUUGUAUAUAUUUGCCAGUCUCAUAAAAAUUGAGGGAGUAAUGUAUGUGUUUGGUCCUGUUUGUUUUGUGAAUCACUUGAAUAAUAAUUAUUAAUAACUUAAUUUUAAAAUAUAUUAUGAAUAAAAUGUUUAAACUGUGUUUUUUGAAUAAGCUACGGUAAGCAGAACAUAACUAGGAUUUCAAAAAUGUAACCAACAAUGUAAAAUGCCUUUCUUUGAUGUACCUGGUUUUCCUGUUACUGACAAUGUGUUUGUCCAGAAACAGUCACCACAGAAUGUGAAGAUUAAUGUAGGUAUAAAUAUGUAUUGAGGUCAUGCCUAAAGUGGAGAGCUGUUAUUCUGUAUUUGACAGAUAUGGAAUAUAACUUGUGCUUAACAUAUUUGAACAUAUCCAUGGCACAUCAAAGUGAUGGAAUCCCGGUGUAGUAGUAUGCCAGUUGAAUUAGAUGGGAUGCUGAAUAAAGAAUUGUUACCAGAAAUAGUCCACAUUUUAUAGAAAAUAUUAUGUGAAAUAAGAAUAUUUAUUUCUUGGUAUUAGAUUUGUGCUACCCCUUGCUGUCUUUUGCUAGAUGUAGGGAUGGAUUAUAAAUAAGAUUACAAGUUAAAGGCUGAGGUGCAAACUGAAGAUGGAAGAGUUUCCAGGCAAUGAAAGCUAAUCUAUUAGCAAAUCAAAAUGGAAA